GGCCACGAAUGUCCAAGACGGAGCUUGAUUGUACAAGUCUUGGCCAGACGGGGUCAGCAGUGCAAUCUUCCUCGGGCGCUUUCAUCCAGCACAUGCUCUACUCGCCACCCAAGUCCUGAUCCAGUGAACAACAACUCAAACAUUUUCGAAUAUCCUGUGGAUGGCCGUUCUGGGGUCUCCAUAUGACAUUGUAUAAAUGAAACAUGCAAAAUGCCGAGUCGGCAGCGGGGUCAUAUCCCAAAGGUCAUGGGAUAAACCAGACCCUCUAUCCAGUGCAGCUCUCCACCAGGGGACUAGGGCUGUAGACAACUCUUCCUUCGCCAAGACAACGGGCCUUGCUCCGUACGUAGGCAGGCUUGCGCCUAGACCACGAGCCAAAACCACAGGAUCUUGUGCGAUUCGAUGGCGGAUGAAUUCUCAGCCGUGGAUCGCAGAUCUUCGCGAGUACCCAGAAAACAGGCGAAUCACUCGCUCCUGGAUAGUAAUGACACGCGGCACCUGUGCUUGUUGGGUUGUUUGGGGUUUUCCUAGCCAGUCUUGGCGGGCGAGCUUCAUCGCAACGUCCCCGCGGCCGUUGGUCUUGGCCCGGCGGAGGGAUUCGUCAUCCUCCCUGCCGACGAGUAGAUGCAUCGCUUGGGCACACUUCUCGCCAAUCUCGCCGGUAACAUUGGAGAGAACAGGCAGGGAUCAGUACAGUCUCGUCGUUAUUCCAUCCACUGCUGACGACAUUUACUAGUACCUUGGAGGUUGGAAUCGCUUCGACAAGGGAGCAUCCUCCGUGCGAUGGCAAACUUGUCCGCACCAAGAUGGGUAUAGACUGCGUCAUGAAGCGGCAACACAUUCCUUGAGACCGGUGCUCAUGAUGGAGGAAG